CCUAAAUUGCAACUCCCAGUUUUCCCUCUUCUUUCAAAUCGACACGGAUUCUUGUCUCUAUACUCCACUAACACCUGCUCCCAAUCGACACCAUCGCUACUUCACCGCUUUCUCUUCCUCUUCCUUUUUAUAGCUAAUAAUGGCAAAGGGUAGCUCCAGUAACAACUAUGAAGAGGCUAGAAAACUAAGAUUGGAACAAAACAAUAAGAAAUUUCAGGAUUUAGGGAUUUCAAUGAUUUCAAAACAAUUGACUCAAAUCGCAAGUUUUUCCAACAAGUCACCGAAACGCUGUCUCAAACAGAAAUCAAAGACUAACGAUGUAUCGGAACAAAGGCGCUCUUCUCGUGCUAGAAACAAAGUUACUUCAUACACUGAAGAGUUUAGCACAGAUUUUCCACAUAAGAGUUCACGUCCACGGAAGAGGUCAAGGUCAAGUCCAUCGUCAUGGGGAAGUUACAUUGCGAGGCCACUAGAUGAAAUCAAAGAAGCUACAAAACAAGAAAGAGAUCGUGCUUAUAAGGCUGCAGAGAAACUCGAAAGCAAUUUGCAGUCUCCAAAUCCAUCAUUUGUCAAGUCAAUGGUCCGGUCUCAUGUUUAUAGCUGCUUUUGGUUGGGUCUUCCUAGUAGAUUUUGUCUGGACCAUCUUCCAAAAGAGGGGUGUAACAUGAUAUUAGAGGAUGAAGAGGGCUCAGAGUAUGCUGCUGUUUACAUUGGCCAUAGAAGUGGGCUAAGUGGUGGCUGGAGAGCAUUUGCGUUGGAACAUAAAUUGGAUGAUGGUGAUGCACUUGUUUUUGAAUUGGUUAAGGCAGACAGAUUUAAGAUUUAUAUUGUUAGAGCAUUUCCAAAUAUUGGUGAAAAAGAGGAAGAAGAAAACGAUACUUUGGUGGAAGAAGAAACUACGCACACAAUCAAAGCAACAAAAAAAUCUAAGGCUGCAAGUAACCUUGAAUCAGCAUCAAAGAAGACUAAAAAGCGAAAACAUGCCAUUGAAACUAAGGAAUCAGAGAAUUCUGAAGAAAGUCUGCCAGAAAGUAACAUUGACAAAGAAUCCAAACCGCAGAGGGUACAUUCUAGUAGAAAAACAAAAUCUUCUCAGAAAAAAAUGCAAAAGAUAUCUGAAGUACCAAGUACUCCUGAGCAAAAAGAGGAAUCACAAAUUGAAGUUGCGAAACCAAAGGAAGCUAUACAGAAAACUAGAUCUUCUCAGAGAAAGCUUCAAAAGAUAUCUGAAGUAUCUACUACUCCUGAGCCAAAAGGGGAGGCACAAGUUAAAACUAUGAAACCAAAGGAAGCUACAAAGUUGUCAAGGAAGUCCAAAGAAGGUAACUUGAGCAAGAAGAAAGAACAUGUUCAGCAUGAUGCGAUUGAGUCAAUGGAAGAUGUUAAGGAUGAUGCAAUCGAGUCAACGAAAGAUAAGCCAGAUGAAAAACCAAGCGAACAUGUUUCACAGAAACCUCCAAAAAAACGAGCUGUUAAGUUUUUCAGUAAGAAAACAUCAAUUUCCAAUUUAAUCUGCGUGGUUAAAAAGCCUUAGAUUAGUGGACUAUGUUUUGUUAUAAAAAGUGAGUUGUAAGCAUCUCUUGUUGCGUUGUUAAGGUCUGUUCCAUAUUUACCGACGGGGGUUUCUAAGUGUUAGCUUAACAUAGAAUUCAGAAACUUAAAACUUUUAUUCAAUGCAAGCUUUCGUUUUGGAAUUAUUCUUUAUGAGAAAUGUUAGUAUAAUCUUUUUGAACUUUAUGUUUCCA